AAUGCUACCUGUACAUUUUGGCGUUCUGUAGAAAAUGUAGCAGUGAUGCGUGAUUUUGCCUGGACAGUUUCUCAAUCAACCAGUGCAAGAAGAAUGCUGAUUGAAAGUACUUCAAAAUAUAUUUCGGAUAUUGGAGAUACCAGUUUUUGGGGCAGCGGCGGUUUUAUUGCUGAUACUCAUUAUACAUCAUCCAGGCCAAACUGGGGAGGACAACAACAAUGGUAUACCAGAAAUGCUGUUUUUCCGUCAGGUUCCGGAGCAAUGGGAGGUUCAUAUAAUAUGGUUUGGCAAGGUUGCGUCAAUCCCCCACAAGCAGAUGACGCCAAUUCACCGGUUCCUACUACACCUAUUAUCAGAGAAAAACCUUUUCUUUUUAUAGAUAACGAUGGCGAGUACAAAGUAUUUGUUCCGGCAUGGCAAAAGGACAGAGUAGGAGUUUCAUGGUCGUCAACAGAUAUGGGUAAAGGAAAAAUUCAGGAUUUACUUAACAACUGGUAUGUUGCCAAAGAAGGAGACACUGAUGUAGAAAUCAAUAAUGCGCUAAAAAAUGGCAAAAAUAUAUUUUUUACACCAGGACAUUACACAUUGAAUGCGCCUAUUCAGGUAAAUAGAAAAGAUGCCAUACUUCUGGGUGCCGGUAUAGCAUCGGUAACGCUGGAGCCUACUGAGAAAAAUACCUGGGGAUGUAUCUAUGCUGAUGACAAGGACGGUAUUAUCAUUGCAGGACUUCUUGUGGAUUCAUUCAAUAGUACAACGUAUCAGGUUAGAAUUGGUGACGAAGGAGCAAAUGCAGAUCAUUCGGGAAAUCCUAUUUUGGUUACAGAUAUUACUUGUAGAGUAGGUGGAGUUCAGUCAAAAAAUAUUCAGAUAGAUGCUUCUAUGCAAAUAAAUAGUAACAAUGUGGUGGGUGAUCAUUUUUGGCUGUGGCGCGCCGACCAUGGUUCGCAGCGUGGUGGUGAUUUACGUUGGUUAAGAGAUAGAUGUAAAAACGGACUUAUUGUUUCCGGUGAUGAUGUUACACUUUAUGCUUUGUUUACAGAACAUUAUCAAGAAUAUGAAGUGCUUUGGUUAGGAGAACGCGGCAGAACUUAUUUCUUUCAGAAUGAACCACCAUACGAUGCGCCAAAUCAGACAAGUUGGAGUAGUCAGGGAGGACGAGUUGAUGGUUAUGCAGCAUUCAAAGUUGCUAAUACUGUAAAAGAACAUCAAAGUAUAGGAAUGGGAUCUUAUGCCGUUUUUACAGGAACUGAUGGUAAAGUGAAUAAGAAAAAUGGUUUUGAAGCUCCUAAUAGCCCAAAUGUGAAACUCGAAAAAAUGUGUAUUACUCGUUUUGCUGGUCCGGGUAAUAUUCAAAAUGUUAUCAAUGGCAUCGGC